CGUCAUUUUCUCCGCGUGGCGGCCGCCCCGGCUUUAGUUCCACGUCGUCCCCCGCCGCGCCACCUCACACCCAACACGACCGCCGGGGCUGUGGAGGCGGCUCAAAUAGCAGCGUCCACUCGCAUUGUUUUUUUUAUAUUUUUUCCCCCCAUCGCCGGCGUUCGUCUCCUGCCGCCGCCGUCGUCGUAUUAACACGGGGCUGUUGAGAGCGCGCGAGGCGUAGUUCGUGGUCGCUGUGUGCGAGAGCCGCCCCGCUACCCACAAUGGGCCUCGCGAUCUCGCGUGUGCUCGCCGCGCUGCUGGGCACCAAGGCGAUGCGCAUCCUCAUGGUUGGAUUGGACGCUGCCGGAAAGACGACCAUCCUGUACAAGCUCAAGCUGGGCGAGAUUGUGACCACCAUUCCCACCAUAGGCUUCAAUGUGGAGACUGUGGAGUACAAGAACAUCUCCUUCACGGUGUGGGAUGUGGGUGGCCAGGACAAGAUCCGUCCUCUGUGGAGGCAUUACUUCCAGAACACUCAGGGACUUAUCUUCGUGGUGGACAGCAAUGACCGUGAGCGCAUACAGGAGGCAGCUGAAGAACUGCAGAAGAUGAUGCAAGAGGACGACCUGAAGGACGCCGCGCUGCUGGUGUUGGCAAAUAAACAGGACUUGCCCAACGCCAUGGCCAUCGGCGAGCUCACGGAGAAGCUGGGUCUGCACGGACUGCGCAACCGUGCCUGGUUUGUACAAGCGACAUGCGCCCCCCAGGGAACAGGGCUGUGCGAGGGGUUGGACUGGUUAUCCAAUAAGCUCGCCAAGUAAUAAUGGAGACGGCAGCAUGGAAACGACCACAGGAGUGAAUGGCACCACACAGCAUACACACACUGACAGUGGGAAGGAGAUAUGGGAUGUAUGGACAUUAAAUACCAAUAUGGAAUUGGCCUCUGGAGCAGUUAUCAUUACAUUUUAUUUCCACUUCAUAACAUAUGUGUUAUGUUGUGUGUGCUGGCAUCAACACUUUUGUGAGGUUAUUUAAACUAAAAUUCCUUUCUCUACGAUUCCCUUUGCAGUCAUUUGACUGCACACCUCGCAUGCACAAGCAGACUUAACACGUAAUACUCUGUUGAGUUGCACUACCUCCAGUAAACUAUCGGCACGGCGUUUCGCUCUUAUUGACAUAACUUACAAUUGAAUCAUACGAAGAUGAAGCUUUCUUAAACACUUCAUUCGUCAUGCAAUUUUACAGACGACAGAACUUCAUUUCUUUUGGAAUGGCUGCUGUGUCGAGAUUUACCAACAUUUUGCGUCUGAUGUAACGAUGAUAUUGACUCACAGUUUCAACAUUUGUGCAAUCGAGGAGAGGUUAUUGACAGUUGCGGCAUUUUGUUUAUACUUUGAUGUCUAUUUAAUUCUCCAUCAUUGAGCUGUCCAGUCAUCUUUUGUUCAAAUGCAAAUAUUGUGCCAUCUAGUUUGGUAAUUAUGUUAUGCAUUCGUGGUGAACGCUGAGGUAAAAUAAUGGGAAUUAGAGUUUGGGAGCUAACGUGUGAAUUUGAACACAUCAAGGAACUAGUUCUUCGUGUCAGUGAAAAGGGGAGCAAGUUGGCUUUUAUUUCGUUUUGUUUUUGAGAUGGGUAUGUUUCCAUAAUGUGAUUUUCAUUUACAAUGUAAAUCAUAAAUCGCUUGCAACAAUUGCAGUUGCUCGGCCAAUAUAAUGAUGUUUAGGAACAUUAAACAUUGAAUGUUUGCUUUCACUCUUUAAGUUCGACAUCUUUGCAUCCAUAUCAACAAAUUUACUUUAAUUAUACAUUUUGUUUAAAGUUGUUUAUUUUUUAAAGUCUAACUUAGCUGUGUUUUCCAACACUUCAGCCACGUGUGAUAGAAUAUUUUUCUUAAAGUAUUGGCUCUUUUAAUUUACGUUGCAAGAUACUAAACUAGUACAUUUAAGUAUAUAUUUUUAACAUUGCUGCAUGCCAAUAUAAAAUGCAAGACACGGUUAUAUAUUGUAGCAUACAAUAUCGCUGUUAUUCCUUAAACUAUUUGAUCAGUAGAUCUUGAAAUACAAGAGCUUAGCUUUGUGUUGUGUACAUCAUAAUGUGUGUUAUGAUUCAACAUUAUAGUAACAUUCCAUAUGGCUUCUGUACUCAUGUUGGGACUAUACAUAACAAUCAUUGCCCCUACUGGCAGAUUGCUGGCCCAGUUCACUCUUGCAAAUGAGACUAUCCUGGUCUCUUCUCACCUCGUUAAACAAAAUACACUUGAACCAUGAGGUGAUGCCUUUGACUUGAACAUUGUGCUUGCAAUUGCAACUCCCACGAUGAAAGAGCUUGAGUAACACUAAUGCGCAUUUAUUACCAUUGUUAGCAAAACACGAUCAAGCAAAAUUAUAUCGGGCCAAACAUUUCUCAAAUCAUACGUGUAGUGUGUGGAUCUUUUGGCAUACAUGACCCUUCAUGGUAAGGGGCACUUAAAAAACGUGAGUUACGCCUCGCCGAUCACGGUGGUGCUGAGAAGAAUUAGACCGGUGUUGUGUGCUGGUUGAGAAUUGAGCAACACCCAUCAUUUAUGGCCAUAUACAUCCCAGAAUAAAUGCCGUUUGUGAGAAUCCCAGCUUAGAAGUGUGAUCUGACUGGGCCUGUACGGCAUGUGCUUGUUUAGGCCCGGUAGCCUGUAACAUGAUUCGCCUUUGCCUUAAUCGAAGUGUUUACUGACUGACACUAAUUGUAUGUGUGCGCGCCAUUGGUUUUUAAAUGUGGCAUUUUUUGUGUGCGAUUCCAAGUACCUGUGAUUAAGUGUAUAAUGUCAGAAAUGCACAAUUUAUUUGUGAAUGUUAGUGCUGUUUGACAUGACACUUUUGGUGUUUAUAAAACGUGCACCCCUAUUCAUAUAUCCUAUUGCUACUUAAAAAUAUGGGCUCUUGUUUUAGUCGGUGUGGGUUUACUCCUGAAAUAUGUUAACACAAAAAUUGAGCUUGUUUCGAUAAAUGGUCAAAACCUUAUUGUCUGCAAUGUGUUUUAUAGCUGCGGGGGACACUUAAGACUUGAGUGCAUUUAACAUGGGACUGCAGGAGACCAAAAUAUUAAAUAAUGUGUAAAAACAUCGCCAUUCUGUAUGCUGUAGCUCUUAAUAAACUCACGUUUGUACAACA